CUACCACGACACGGGAGUCUCCAGGCUGCAGCAGCACCCGUCUGGCUGACUGUUUUGAGCAGGGCCGUGGGAUGUUAAAAACAUGAAGAGGACCAUGGAGACAACAGAGCACUGACCAACAGCAGCUUUAAGUGGCCUGUCUCCCUGGUCAUCGUCACUGAGCUGUUGGGGACAGGGAGGGAUGGACGAGUCCAUAAGUACAGUAAAAUCAGUCAAACCGUUUCAGUCGCGGGGAGCCAAGGCUUUGUCGUCUCAGAAGUCCAACAAAGAGGCCUCGGUUCAGAGGGACGGGGUCAAGUCCACGCUGAGGAGCAAAGAAAACCUCACCGCUGCCAGGGAUGAGCGCACCGCCGGCGGCCCGGUGAGCCGCAUGGUCCCAGACGACAAGAAAAGAGGACGGCCCAACAGGGUGACCAGACUGACCGGGAGGACCGGUUCUGGAGAGCGCGGCAAAGCCAAGGGGGCCAACCCUCCUCAGCCGGGGUCUUCAGAGUCCAGGACCCCGGUCCCUGCAGACGGCUGCGGCUCGGCGGCUAAACGAGACACCGUCUCGCCGGUAAAACCCGCCACGCCUGAGKGGCGCCUCGCGGAGCAGGACAAGACGUCCACCGGAGCUUCGAUGAAGGACAAGUCUCACGUUCUGAAAGCUGCAGCUCCGAUGCAUCAGCACAGCAGAGAGGGAGCCGAGGACAGACCCCCCACAGAGGAGGGACGCCUCACGGAGCAGCAGCUGGGCCUCCGGCAGGUGGAGGAGCGCCUCUACAGAGACCACAUCCAGAGGCUGAUAAAGAAGUCUCCUGAGUUCCCAAACUACCAGUACUUCUGCAAACUGUGUUCGGUGCACAUCGAUAACAUCCAGGGAGGGUACAAACACAUCAAGGAGAAGAGACACAAGAAGAACUUAAUGGAGAAGCAGGAGGAGAACGAGCUGCUCGCCAUCCCGCCGCCCUCUGCCGCCCAGCUGAGAGCUCUGGACGCCGUCGUCAUGGAAACCGCCAGUCMACACGGGAUCUCAGAGGAGGACUUCGGGGUCCGGAAGGCGGUUGUGUCGAGGAUGGAUGAGAUCAUAAAGAGGCACCUGUCAGCUUGUUCCCUUCGUCUCUACGGUUCCUGUCUGACCCGCUUUGCUUUCAAAACAAGCGACAUCAACAUCGACGUCAUCUUUCCUUCCACGAUGACCCAACCUGAAGUCCUGAUCCAGGUGCUAGAAAUCCUCAAAAACAGAUCUGAAUUUUCUGAGGUGGAGUCAGAUUUUCACYCCAAAGUUCCUGCUGUGUUCUGUCGGGACCGAAGCAGUGGCCUGAUGUGUAAAGUGAGUGCAGGGAAUAAUGUCGCCUGUCUCACCACCAGCCACCUGGCAGCGUUGGCUAAACUGGAGCCCAGACUGGUUCCGCUGGUGCUGGCCUUCCGCUGCUGGGCCAGGCUGUGUCACAUCGACUGUCAGGCCGAAGGUGGGAUCCCUUCGUACUCCUUCGCCCUGAUGGUCAUCUUCUUCCUGCAGCAGAGGAAGGAGCCCGUCCUGCCCGUCUAUCUGGGCCACUGGAUGGAAGGAUUCGAUGUGAAGCGAGUAGACGAGUACCAUCUGACCGGCAUCGUUCAGGAAGCGUUCGUUAAGUGGGAACGAAGACGUCCCAACACCGCUGAGGGACGAGGGGAGAACCACGGCGAGGCCAGAGGGAACGGCACAAAACCAGAACCCAGUAAAUCUGAUGCCUUUCAUCCGUCAGAGGGCCAGAGCCGUUUAGCCUUGAAGCAGASGAAGGAGGCGUCUCUGGGCCAGCUGUGGUUGGAGCUCUUCCGUUUCUACACCCUGGAGUUCGCUCUGGAGGAGAACAUCAUCAGCAUCCGCCUGAAACAGCUCCUCUCCCGGGAGGUGAAGAACUGGCCCCGGCGCCGGCUCGCCAUCGAAGACCCUUUCGCUUUCAAGAGGAACGUGGCCCGCAGCCUGAACAGCCAGAUGGUGUUCGAGUACAUCCAAGAGUGUUUCAGAGCGGCGUACAAAUACUUCGCCGUCCCUCAGAGGAGGAGCGCAGGAGGGACGACGAGGAGAGGGGAGGACGGGGAGACGACGGGACGGCAGGGGACACAGGAGGAUGAGGAGUCUGACAGCGAUGAGGAAGAUGGUUUAGAUCUGAUGGUGGAUGGAAACAAAGCGUCCUCCUCUGACCUGCUGGACAGAGAGGAGGAGGAGGAGGAGGAGGAUCUGCUCUACAUGUUUGAUAAGAUGAUUUUCACCGGAGGAAAGCCUCCGACAGUCGUGUGCAGCAUCUGCAAACGGGACGGCCACCUGAAAGACGAGUGUCCCGAAGACUUCAAGAAGAUCGAGCUGAAGCCCCUGCCUCCGAUGAACGACCGCUUCAGGAACAUCCUGGACGGGCUCUGCAAACUCUGCUACUAUGAGUUGUCGCCGUCGCUCUUGGAGCAGCAGAAGAGGGAGCAGAUCCUGGCCGGUCUGGAGCGGUUCAUCAGGAAGGAGUACAACGAAAAAGCUCAGCUCUGCUUGUUCGGCUCUUCCAAAAACGGUUUCGGUUUCCGAGACAGCGACCUGGACAUCUGCAUGACCCUGGAGGGUCACGAGACCGCAGAGAAGCUGAACUGUAAAGAAAUCAUUGAAGGUCUUGCGAAAGUAUUAAAGAAGCACACAGGUUUGAGGAACAUUCUGCCCAUCACCACAGCUAAAGUGCCUAUAGUGAAGUUUGAACACAGACAGAGUGGCCUGGAGGGAGACGUCAGCCUCUAUAACACCCUGGCCCAACACAACACCCGGAUGCUGGCGACGUACGCAGCUCUGGAUCCACGUGUGCAGUUCCUGGGAUACACCAUGAAGGUCUUUGCAAAGCGCUGCGACAUCGGGGACGCCUCCAGAGGAAGCCUCUCGUCUUACGCCUACAUCCUGAUGGUGCUUUACUUCCUGCAGCAGAGGCAGCCGCCCGUCAUCCCUGUCCUGCAGGAGAUUUUCGACGGUCCGACGGUCCCACAGCGGAUGGUGGACGGCUGGAACGCGUUCUUCUUUGACGACCUCGUGGAGCUGCGUCAGCGCCUCUCCAGCUGUCAGCCCAACAUGGAGUCGGUGGGCGAGCUGUGGCUGGGCCUGCUGCGCUUCUACACGGAGGAGUUCGACUUCAAAGAACACGUCAUCAGCAUUCGCCAGAAGAAACGCCUCACCACCUUCGAGAAGCAGUGGACCAGUAAAUGCAUCGCCAUCGAAGAUCCCUUUGAUUUGAAUCAUAAUCUCGGUGCUGGAGUUUCUCGUAAAAUGACCAACUUCAUCAUGAAGGCCUUCAUCAACGGGCGGAAGCUGUUCGGAACGCCCUUCUAUCCCAUCCCCGGCACAGAAGUGGACUACUUCUUCGACUCGAAGGUGCUGACGGACGGCGAGCUGGCGCCCAACGACAGGUGCUGCAGGAUCUGCGGGAAGAUCGGACACUACAUGAAGGACUGCCCCAAGAAGCACAGAAUGAAGAAGAAGGACAACGAGAAGGACGACGACUCCAAAGAGGAGGAGCGGGACCUGAAGGAGAGACGGUGUUUCCAGUGUGGGGACGUUGGACACGUUCGGAGAGACUGUCCCGAGUACCACCACCUCAAACAGAGGACUGGGGGGGCACCAGCUCCUCACAUGGUUCGAGGCGUGCCGAGCUCCCAGUCCAUUCCCAUCCCUCCGGGCGCCGCAGACGGCCCCCCCAGGACCCGGCAGCCCUCUGAGUGUUCCGACAGUCUGCAGACUCCGCCCUACUCCCCGCAGCCCGCCUCCGUCCCGCAGAGCUCCCCCCUGUCCUCCAGAUCCCCUCAGCCCUCCCACAGCAAGACCCCGUCUGUUGGUCCCCAGAAGACGCCCCCCCARGCACAGGUCCCCUUAUCUCUCUUUAGCUUCCCUCCCUCCCCCUCGGGUCAGUACCACCCAAGUGCCCUCAGCGCUCUGGGGCUCCUCCCCUCCCCCCAGUCCCACCAGUCCCAGGGCCAGCCCCCACCGCACCCGGUCCACAUGUCCCCCACCUGGCCCAUCCACGGCCCGGUCCUCACGUCCUCCUCGGCCCCGGCCCCCUCCCCGCCCGGCCUGAAGUUCGCCCUGCGCUCGGUGUCGGGAAACGGGACCCCCGCGGGCGGCGGGGGGAGCCCCGGCUCCGUGAACCUGAACGACCCCAGCAUCAUCUUCGCCCAGCCGGCGGCCAGACAGCUGGGCGUGGGGGGGCUGGGGCGGGAGGGGCACUGGCACGAGCACCUGGCUCAACCCGGGUCGCUCAUGGGCAACGGCACUGUGGUGAAGUCAGAGUCGGCCCACCAGGCCCAGCUGGACGCUCUGAGCCAGGCCUCGCGGCUCUGGGAGCACAACAAACCGCCGCAGUACACCCUGUCCCCAUCGUGGCCCUACAGGAUGCCGCAGAACUUCCUCCAGCAGGGCAGCAGAGACUUCCAGCUGGGAAAGACCUUCGUGGCCCAAGGUUCUGUGAUGCAGCCGAACCCAAACUUCCCUCUGGUCCCUCACGUCCGGCAUCCAGUCAACCUGAAUUUCAUCCAGCAGAAGAAAUAAUCUCUUUUUAUUUUUUGCUUUUACGGUCAGUAAAACAACUUCAUGUACUUGUUGCAUCACGACCUCCAGGAAAACAAUCUUUUUAAUGAAUUUUAUCAUUCUUGUACAGUUUUGUGUUUAUUUUUAGGUUGUUUUUUUUUUGGUCUCAUUACAUUGAUUUGUGAUACAAAUGUCAAAUAUUUUAAUACCCCUGUUUUCGAGGGGGUCCAAAAAAAGUGUUUUUUAUUUUCUGUGUAAAAAAAUAACAAAAAAAGCAAAGAAAAAAAGUAAACCUUUAUUUUUAUUAGCUGUAAUCAUGCUUUGCUCACUGACAGGUGAAGGAUUUGAGUAGAUGUUUGUUUUAAAAACAAUCUAAUGUGUUGCCCCCCCAAGUCCAGCAUGUAGUUUCAAAUACAGAGAUAGCAAGAAAAAAAAACAACAAAAAAUCAUAAAUCAAAAAAAAAAAAAAUAAAGUAAAUGAAAACAA